UGCAGGUACUUUUUUUUUUCCCCCGCCCUCCCUUUUCUCCUUUUUGCUUUGCUUUUUAACGUCAAUAUAGAGAAUUAAGAUAUCCUAAAGCUGAGGAGUAGAAGUGGAGAGGCAAAUAUGUGAACACUUUAGACGAUCUUGUUGGGAACAAAGAGCAUCAUCCCAUCUCAUGGGCUGCUUCUAUGACUGCGACCUUGAAGAAGGUCUUGGAAGAGGCGGGGAGGAAUCAAUGAGCAUCUGAUCCCUGAAAAUUAGAGUCGUGACACAAAAAGAUGCUCGCGCUUCGUGCUUCCUCCCCUCCUCCCCGCUCUUGCCUAUUCCGGCUGGCACAGUGGGUGGGUGGAAGAGCCGCUGCAGAAAUGCAAGAAGCCCUAAUUUCCAUAGGAUAAGAGGGGGUGAGGAGAGGAGAGGAAGCAGUGCAGACAGAGAAAGUAGUGUGAGGAAGGAUGGAAAAGAGCAUAAGACAGUUAAAAGUCCGAAUCCUUCCUGGAAUCACCAGUACCUGACACACACACAGUACACACACUAAGGUACAUAUAUACAAGCCGGCAGGUUUGUUUUACGAGUCUACAGACUAAGAGAUUAAAGGGAUAACAGAGAGAGCACUGCAAGCAAGAAUGAAGCAUAUCAACCUAUCCUUUGCAGCUUGUGGAUUUCUGGGAAUAUACCACUUGGGGGCAGCAUCUGCACUUUGUAAACAUGGCAAGCAAUUAUUAAAAGUUGUAAAGGCCUUUGCUGGAGCUUCUGCAGGAUCUUUGGUUGCAAGUGUUCUGUUAACUGCACCAGGAAAAAUAGAGGAAUGUAAUGAAUUUACAUACAAAUUUGCUGAAGAAAUUAGAAAGCAGUACUUGGGUGCCAUAACACCAGGUUAUGAUUUUAUGGCACGUCUAAGAGAAGGCAUGGAGACCAUUCUUCCUUCUAACGCUCAUGAGAUAGCAGAGAAUCGACUUCAUGUAUCUAUCACUAACACAAAAACCAGAGAAAAUUACUUAGUUUCACAUUUUUCCUCCAGGGAAGACCUCAUUAAGGUUCUCUUGGCUAGCAGUUUUGUACCAGUUUAUGCAGGCCUGAAAGCAGUGGAAUAUAAAGGAGAGAAAUGGGUUGAUGGGGGGCUUACCAAUGGCCUUCCUAUUUUGCCUAUGGGGCGAACAGUGACUGUUUCACCUUUUAGUGGUCGAUUAGAUAUCUCUCCAGAAGACAAAGGCCAGCUGGAUUUAUAUGUUACUAUUGCCAAUCAAGAUAUUAUGUUGUCUAUGGCUAACCUGAUAAGACUAAAUCAAGCUCUUUUCCCACCAAGCCAAAGGAAAAUGGAAUCAUUGUAUCAAAAUGGAUUUGAUGAUGCUACCAAGUUUUUACUAAAAGAAAAUUGGUUUGAAUAAAAUGCUUAAAGUGUAUUAUGCAAAACAGAAUUUAAAGGACUUCUGAAAUAGAUUCUAAUUAAACCUGAAAAGUUCUAUCAUC